AUACUAACUGUGGUCUCCCUCUAGAUUUCGAGAUUAUUGACACCAUUAUUGACACUCAAUUCGUUAGAUAAUCUCUUCAGGAACAAUGGUGAAGAUUUGUUGUAUUGGAGCUGGAUAUGUUGGAGGUCCUACAAUGGCAGUCAUUGCCCUCAAGUGCCCCUCAAUUGAAGUAGCUGUUGUUGAUAUCUCAGUUUCCCGGAUCACAGCCUGGAACAGUGAUCAGUUGCCCAUAUAUGAGCCUGGCCUUGAAGAAGUAGUAAAGCAGUGCCGAGGGAAGAAUCUCUUUUUCAGUAAUGAUGUUGAAAAGCAUGUAUCAGAAGCAGAUAUAGUCUUCGUUUCAGUUAACACCCCAACCAAAACUCGAGGCCUUGGUGCUGGCAAAGCUGCAGAUCUUACAUAUUGGGAAAGUGCAGCUCGCAUGAUAGCUGAUGUAUCAAAAUCUGACAAGAUUGUUGUUGAGAAGUCUACAGUUCCAGUGAAAACAGCCGAGGCAAUUGAGAAAAUAUUAACUCACAACAGCAAGGGUAUCAAUUAUCAGAUUCUCUCCAACCCAGAAUUCCUUGCUGAGGGUACUGCAAUUCAGGAUCUUUUUAAUCCUGACCGUGUUCUUAUUGGAGGACGAGAAACACCUCAGGGGCAGAAGGCAAUUCAAGCACUUAAAGAUGUCUAUGCUCAGUUUGUACCUGAAGAAAGAAUCCUUUGCACCAAUCUCUGGUCAGCAGAGCUCUCAAAGCUUGCUGCCAAUGCUUUCUUGGCCCAAAGGAUCUCAUCUGUCAAUGCGAUGUCAGCCCUCUGUGAAGCAACUGGAGCAGAUGUUUCACAAGUGUCCCAUGCUAUUGGAAAGGACACCAGAAUUGGGCCUAAAUUUUUAAAUGCCAGUGUUGGUUUUGGUGGUUCUUGCUUUCAGAAGGAUAUCCUGAACUUAGUUUACAUUUGUGAAUGCAAUGGCCUCUCAGAAGUUGCUAGCUAUUGGAAACAAGUGAUCAAGGUAAAUGACUACCAAAAAAACCGCUUUGUUAAUAGGGUUGUGUCCUCCAUGUUUAAUACUGUUGCAGGUAAGAAGAUAGCCAUUCUUGGAUUUGCCUUCAAGAAAGAUACAGGUGAUACAAGGGAGACUCCAGCUAUUGAUGUGUGCAAAGGGCUGCUUACAGACAAAGCUCACUUGAGCAUAUACGAUCCGCAGGUCAAUGAAGAGCAGAUUCAGAGGGAUCUGUCACUGAACAAGUUUGACUGGGAUCACCCAGUUCACCUCCAACCACUCAGCCCUACCACGGUAAAGCAAGUCAGUGUUGCUUGGGAUGCUUACGAGGCAAUAAAGGAUGCUCACGGUCUCUGCAUUCUGACUGAGUGGGAUGAAUUCAAAGCUCUUGAUUACAAAAAGAUCUAUGACAACAUGCAGAAGCCUGCAUUUGUUUUUGAUGGUAGGAAUGUUGUGAAUGUGGAGAAGCUAAGAGAGAUUGGAUUUAUUGUCUACUCCAUUGGCAAACCAUUAGAUCCAUGGCUCAAGGAUCUGCCUGCUGUGGCAUAAGGAAGUGUUUCUCAUCAUAGAUCAAGGGCUAGAAUUUUGAAAAUUAUGAGAGAGGGACCAAUUCUUUAAAUUCUUUUUUCCUUUUGUGUCUAGUAUCUUUCUUGCCAAUUACUUUGGCCUCACAUUGUUCUGUUGUUUAA